GACUAGACUAAAAAUCGGAAUGAUCAAAACUAAAAAUGGACCGGUCUAGUCCAUUUUCUACUAAUACUUUACAGUUUUAUAUUACUGGCAGCACGUAAGUAAUCUGUCAUGUGAUGAAUGACAUGACAACUGACAGUGACACCUGACAUUUUGUCAGUUUCGGUUUUGUUGUUUUGUGUAUUGUAUGCAUAUUGUAUGCGACAUAAUAGCUAUUCUCAACUAUCAGAAUAUUCCAGUAAUUUCUGAAACAAAUCUUCGUAUAUUGCAGUAUUAAAAUGGACAAGAGAGAACGUCGUUCUAAUGCGGGGAACCUUCUCGCCAAAGUUCUAGACGAGGAGGAAGAUGAUGAGUUCUAUGCGACAACUUACGGAGGCUUUCAAGAAACUGAAGAAGAUAAUGAUUACAUGCUAGAGAAAGAAGUAGAUGAUGAAGUGGAUUCAGACUUUAGUAUUGAUGAAAAUGAUGAACCUAAAUCUGACGAAGAGACGGAGGAGAAACGGACUAGGAAAUCAGGCACUAAAGUCUAUCAGGAUCCAAAUAAAAAGAAAAAAGGUGGUUCAGCACCAGGACCAUCAUUGGGUGAUAAAGUAAAAAAGGUAAAUGAAAGAAAAGCAAAGGAACCAAAAGAAAUUAAGCCUAAAGUAGAGAAGACUGAGAAAGCUGAGCGAAUAGCAUUGGAUGCGUCUGUUGAACGUAAAUCAAUUCGGCAAAGUACUGCGGUCAAGUCAGCGGAAACACAGCAAAGAAUCAAGAUAAGAUCAGAAUUAAAAAAGAAAAAAGUCAAGAAAGUUGAAGACCGCAUGCCAACACAGGAAGAAUUGUUGGCAGAAGCACUUAUUACUGAACAAGAGAAUCUUAAAAGUUUAAAGCAAUUUGAACAAAUCGAAUUGGAGAGGAAAAAGAUAAGGCCCACAAAGAAAACUAUAACUGGACCUAUUAUUAGAUAUCAUACCUUUGCGGUUCCCUGCCUGAUAGAAGAAUUGCCUCAGGAAGAUGAAAAGUCCAACUCAUUAGAUGAACUCAAUCUGAGUGAUCUUAUUAAAACUGAAGAAGCUUUACUUACACCAGGCGACAUAGAAAUGACAGAUGUGAAGACCGAAACGGUUGACCAACCUGAUGGAAAAAUUGAACCAGGAACUAAAAUGAAUGUGGACUUCAUCGGACCUGAUGAAGAGGUUAAUAUAGAAAAUGUGCCUAAAGAAGAGAAACCGGCUAAGAAGAAUAAAAAGGAUAACAUUAAGUACUAUGAGCGGACACUAUUGACGUUUGAAAAUGACAUCAACGACGAGGCAUUUAGGUCUUGUUUCCCUGAACCAAGGCCCAGGAAACAUAGACAAAUGCUGUGUGCUGUUACUAAACAACCAGCUCGCUACAUAGAUCCUGUAACGAAGUUACCAUACAGUAGCGUAGACGCAUUCCGUAUUAUUCGCGAAGCCUAUUACCAACAGUUAGAGGCUCGAGGUGAUAGGAACGACCCGGAAAUAGCCGCCUGGCUGGAGUGGCGACGGGCUGAUCAAGCGUCUACAUACGUUCAGAUACAUAUUAAAUAAUUCGUUGUAAGUUUCUCAAUCUGGUAGUAAUUGUAUGGUAGAUUUUGAGCCUGGCUUCAAUGGCGAUGGGCUGAUCAAGCUUCUACAUACGUUUAGAUACAUAUUAAGUAAUUAGUUGUAAGUUUAUCUGUAUAGUAGUAAUUAUAUAUAUUCUUUAUUGCACACUUAACAAUACAUAAUAAAAUAAUAAAGACAGUUUAUGUACAAUGGCGAGCUUAACCCAGAAUUGGGUUCUCUUACAGCCAACCUUAAAGCCAUGGAGAGAUUUGAUAGUGGUAGGGUAGAUUAAUUGUAUACAAUUGUUUUGCAUCAAAACAGCUAAAUAAUUUUGUUUUCAACCAACUGCUUAAAACCUGAGAACUUUUUUUUGUAUUUUUUUCUGAUUUCUCAAUCUUCAAUAUUUUUUUUUUUGUGUAAAUAUAUCUCACAGUUAGCUUCAGUUGAUAUAAAUUUAAGUCUCAAAUCCACACCUUUUUGUAUAGUUAACAAAUAAAUAAAAUGUCUUUUUUCUAAAA